UCAUCAUCCGUUCAGGAGGCUAAUUAUUCAUUUUUCUUGGUGUUUAAAAAAAAAGGGAGAGAAACAAAAGGGCCAUUUCCACACCAAAUCUCGGCCGCAUAUAUAAAUAUCGCAACUCCCUCCUCUUCCUCUUCAAAGAAAGUUUUGCAACCAUUCUCAGAAAAUCACACGAUAAUCUUGUGGAAAUCCCAGCUCUCUCUUUUUUUUUUCCUCUCUGCAUUUUUUUUUUGCGCAAAAGGAACAGGACAGAGGAGAAAGCUUGUCGCUUGGAAGAAGAGAAGGAGAUGACGAUGAUUCAUCACACAGAAGUUCUUAUGGAUGUUUUCGCUUUCCAUGGUCCUUUCUCAAUCUGCAAGGAUGUUGCAGGAAUUGCAGGCAACAUCUUUGCCUUUGGGCUCUUUGUCUCACCCAUGCCGACGUUUAGAAGAAUCAUCAGAAACCGAUCAACGGAACAGUUCUCGGGUUUGCCUUACAUAUACGCCCUCUUGAACUGCCUGAUCUGCUUGUGGUACGGCACACCAUUCGUAUCUCCCAACAAUGUCAUGGUUGUGACGGUUAAUUCCAUCGGUGCCAUCUUUCAGCUCUCAUACAGUAUCCUCUUCGUUAUAUACGCCGAGAAAAAGAACAAGAUGCGUAUGCUCGGGUUACUGCUCGCGGUAUUUUCAGUGUUUGCAGUGAUUGUAGCAGGAAGCCUGCAGAUACCCGACAAGCUGACGAGAUGGUUCUUCGUCGGGUUCUUGAGCUGCGGCUCUCUCGUUUCAAUGUUUGCUUCGCCUUUGUUCGUGAUCAAUCUGGUGAUCAGGACAAAGAGCGUUGAGUUCAUGCCGUUUUAUCUGUCUCUAUCGACGUUCUUGAUGAGCGUUUCGUUCUUUCUCUACGGGUUAUUCAACAACGACGCCUUUAUUUUUAUGCCGAAUGGGAUAGGAACGGUUCUGGGGAUCGUGCAACUGGUUCUGUACUUCCACUACCACGGAAAGUCCAGAGAGACCGAAUCGAAAGAGCCCUUGAUGGUAUCUUACGUAUGAAAUUGGUUUCGGAAAAGGAAUCCUUCCGCUGUCGAGAUUGAAGCUGGAAAAUUUUUCAGUUCUGGCGAUUUCUCUUGACAUGGACAAUUGUUGAUGGAGCCUCUCUCUGGUCUGCCGUGGGAUUGAAGAACGUUGUUUCUUGUCUCUUGUGUUGCUUGCGAAGAUUAUUUUAUUGUUUUUGUUCAUCUGAUCUGUUCUGUUCUGUUCUUUCUCUUCCCUUCACGGCAAAGUAAGUGUAAAAACGAUUUGCUUCUACAUCACGUAAAGCCAUUGUUUAUACAGUUUGACAUUUGAACGAAGAUGGCUGAAGCUUCUGCGUCU